UUGAAGCAGCUAUUAUUAUGCUGCUUUUUAUAUAUCAAGUGAAAAUUGUAAAUUCUUUGAUUAAUAAAAAAUUUUCUUAUUUUAGCGAAUGUCAGAGACAACUGAGCAAGAUUCUUGAUGAUAUGGGUGAGGCUUCUGCUAGGGCUCAAGGUCUGAAUAAGCCAAUAACCAGCGCCUUAAAACUUCGAGAUACAGAUCAUAUAGUUUAUUUAUUAAUGGAUAAUGAAGCUAAUAAUGGACUAGGCAGUGUGGUGGGACUGUUAAAAACUGGAUCGAAAAAUCUCUUUAUGUUCGACGAGACUGGCGCUCAUUAUCAGUUAAAACCUAGAUGCAUUCUGGACUUUUAUAUUCAUGAAUCACGGCAGCGCAUGGGCCUUGGAAAUAUUCUCUAUCAGCAUAUGCUUUCCGAAGAGAAUAUUAGACCGGUGAAAUUAGCAAUCGAUAGACCUUCAGAGAAAUUUUUAGCUUUUUUAAGUAAACAUUAUGCUCUCACGAAGAUUAUUCCGCAGAACAACAAAUUUGUCGUUUUUCAAGGAUUUUUUGAUGACGAACAUCAGGAUGUGAGAACUAAUAGAUACAGCUUGCCCUCAAAAAAUUCAAUUGAUAUCGGUACAUCGAACGCCAUACAUAAUAACAUUGCAAAGAGUAAUUCUAGUUUGAAUGGUGUUUCUUACUCUUCCUCUAUUUCUCGCACUUCAUUUGGUAGAUAUGCCGCAGCACGACCGCCUUGUUCCAUGGCCAAUAUAAUCCAUAACACUACUGUGCUUGGUCCAUCUGCCGAGCGUACUGGUUAUUUUUUCAGUGAAAAAUCGAGCACUUUGGCUACAAUACAACUGAAACCAGAACGACCACGAUCACUGAGCCUUUAUUCGGAAGAAGAACAGAAACAACGCACAAAUGAAUUGUCAACAGUACCAACACCUGCUUUAUCCGAUUAUCAACCAAGUCCUCUAGUUACUAUUUUACGGGAAACAGAGAAAACUGAAAAAAAUGUGAAAUCCUCGCCUUCAUGUAGUCAAGAAGUAGUUGGUACCAAUCAACACAGUCGAUUAGAUUUAAAAUUCUAUCAUUCCCCUUUAUGGUAAACAAUAAAAUUGAGAUAAUGUUAGAAUUAUAUUGAAAAUUAUACUAUUUGUAUGUGCAAUAAAAUUAUAAAGCUUUACUUCUCAGAAUAAAGUAUCA